AUGCCGAUACUGCUUGGCUGCGGUAGUUUUCAAAGCCCAUCCUACGUUGUGAAGGUCGACGUGGGAGGUUGGCCAUCAAUGGGAGCUUACUUUCACAGUGGAUUUUACUUCGUCACACAUUGGCUGUGUGUGAUUUAUUGCUUGGGCGGGAUUAACUGCUUUCCUUGCAAUCACCUGGGCCUAAAGGCUGACGACGUCGUCCAAAAUGUUGCCGUGCUUCGUACCGCACGUUUCAAGCGUUCAGCUGAGCAUUCUCGUCUCUCUUUUAGUGUUUAUAUGGAUCCAUCUUUUACGGGUUUACCCAAUGACUCCGAAAUAAGGUCUCUCAUCGUGGAUCCCGCCUUGAAAUUUUUUGAAAAAGCGCUUUAUCUUCGCAGUCCUCCUGUUACACUGGCCAAUCUUGAUAGAUCUUGCAAGAAGGGAAUUAAUGGUUCUUCACAACUUGCGAAGGGUACAAAUUCAUUCUGUGCUUUGGAUUGCGAGGAGGUAACACAUUGCGGUCCUGUAUCCAUACCUCCUGAGCACUUGAACGGUCGCAAAUUAUCCAGUGACAUUUACGAUCAUAAUGAAAUGGAAUCACCUGUGAACACGGGCAGUUUUCUGCUCUAUCUGGCAGCCAAGCGUACGAAAAAAUGCACCAAAGCAGGUAUUUUGGGCUACUCCUCCCACUGCCAGCGGGAAAUGAAUACAGACAGUCUUGGUAUGUCCCUGUCCGUCUCCCUUCACCGUGCGUUCGAACCCAUUGCUGCCCCUCCCUCAACUCAUCUGUGCCUCUUCUCGCAGCGCUUCGCCCGCGAGUAUUUCUCCUGUCCUCACCUGGAGGGCGUCGAGUUGGAGAACCAGGGUGGCGUUGGCGUUUCUCUCUCGCAUUGGGAAAUGCGCAUCUUGGGCAACGAACUGAUGACUGCAACCUAUACAAACGUAUUUCGCCUUUCCAAUUUGACCUUGGCCUUUCUGGAAGAUACUGGUUGGUAUUUACCGAACUAUUCUCUGGCCGAACACCUAGCCUGGGGUGCAAAACGUGGGUGUGUCUUCUCGACUGCAAGCUGUUAUUCCUACAUGUUGGAUCAACUAGCUAGAGAAGCGGAUAUCGCACCGUUUUGUCUGACUCCACAGGAUAAGCCUCUCGGUGAUCUCUUUGUCUGCACUCCAGGCCGACGUAGUUUUGGAUAUUGUAAUCUUAUCCAAAUGGCACGGAAAUCUAAUGCUACCGAUAGUCACCCCAUGUACACCUACUUUGGCAAUACCUCGCGUCUGAAAUAUCAAGGAAGGGCUAUACCACAUGAUUAUUUCGGUAAAGUGGACCUUGCCGACUUUUGUCCCUUUGUUCAGACCCGAAUGGAGCGUCUUCACGCUCGAGUUACUGUGGUGACCCUCGCAGUUCAAAAGGCAAGUGCUUUCUCUAGUUGCUGUAUAAAUGACCGAAGCGAAGUCCCAUUAGAAUCCCUCGUUCAACUCGAUCUAGCUCUAACGAACCUGAACAACUACAACUUGGAGGUUUAUGGACCAAAUUCGAUUUGUCUGUCCAUCGCGCCCAAUUGGAUUCUACUUGGUAAAAAGUCAACGGCCUACGAAGCCCCUGUUCGCGGAGCCGGUUGCUAUAAAUACCGAUGCAGUCACAAGGAAGGAGGCUUAAUAGUGGAGCUGGCCGGAGGCCUUCAAAUUCUUUGUCCCGCCGGGGUACCGACAACCCUCGUAAAUAUUUCGGUCUGUCUCCGCGAGUCCGGUCUGACUGUUCUGGGCCACUUCCACUGUCCCGAAUGCACUUCCUAUUGCAGUACGGCUGUCUGUUUCUCACGCAACUCUUCCAAAUCACCAGUGGUACGACCCUAUCUUAAAAACGGGACAAUGCUCUCCCAAUCUCCAGUCUUUUUACAACCUUGCAGGGGAAAUACUCUUGCUUCCAUGUUUGAAGCCAUUAUUUUUGUGUUAACCUUCAACUCCAUCAAAUUCUGCUUCUAA